GUUUCCUCUAAUUGUUAAGUCACUCUGAUCUCUGAGCUCCAGGCUCUUACAGUUGGACACACCUUGCCAGUGCCUCAGUUGCAGAUGACAAAACUGAAAUCUAUAAAGAUGAGCUGACCCACUCAAGGUCACAUAGCUUAUUAAUGAUAAAUCAGGAUGGAAUGAAGACUGGAUACCAGAAAGAUUCCAUGAUUGUCUUCAUGGAAGAUGUUUGGAAUAAUACUGAUUGGCUGGAGUUAAUGGAUGAUGAGUUUGGAAAUAUCAGUGGCACACCACCCACAGAAGAAUAUAGCCCCUGUAGGACAGACAUUGAAACACUCAACAAGUAUACUGUGGUGGUCAUCUAUGCCCUGGUCUUCAUACUGAGCCUGCUGGGAAACUCCUUAGUGAUACUGGUUGUCUUAUACAGUCAAGUCAGCCGCUCUGUCACUGAUGUCUACCUGCUGAACCUGGCCAUAGCUGACUUGCUCUUUGCCCUGACCUUGCCGAUCUGGGCUGCCUCCAAAGCAAAGGGCUGGAUCUUUGGCACACCCCUGUGCAAGGUGGUCUCUUUUCUGAAGGAAGUCAACUUCUACAGUGGUAUUUUACUACUGGCUUGCAUCAGUGUGGACCGAUACUUGGCCAUUGUCCAUGCCACACGUACCCUGACCCGGAAGCGACACUGGGUCAAGUUCAUAUGCUUAGGCAUCUGGGCCCUGUCUCUGAUCGUGUCCCUGCCCAUCUUCAUCUUCCUCGAGGCCAUCAAGCCCCCCUACUCCAGCCCAGUCUGCUAUGAAGACAUGGGUGCCAAUACAACAAAAUGGCGGAUGGUGAUGAGAGUCGUUCCCCAGACUUUUGGCUUCCUUCUGCCCUUGAUGGUCAUGCUGUUUUGCUAUGGACUCACCCUGCGCACACUGUUUGAGGCCCACAUGGGGCAGAAACACCGGGCCAUGAGGGUCAUCUUUGCUGUUACCUACGGGAAGUGA